CAGCCGCACACUCACUAUCAUACUCACGCGCGACGACCGUCCGUCCCGUUCCGUCUCGUCACGUCUCGCGCACGCUCCUCGAACUCGGUCGAUAUACUGGAAAAUUUUUGAUAUUUAUCAGUUGUCAAACGCCUAUCCACACAUAUUUACAAAAUGUUAAAAAGUCGUAAACGGAUAUGUAGUAUUUCGUGGUAUUAACCGUGUAUACCUCUACAUAAAAUAUGCUGUAAACGCACUCAUCAAGUAACGGCUUGCGGGGUUAAUCGUAUCAAUUAUAUGACAUUUUCUGACGAUAAACGUGAAGUGCGAUCCACGGGGCUGUACUUUGUGAUUCGGGAUUGUUAGUUAACCUUUGCAAAUACGACCAGUGUAAGCGUCGUGGACUUUAGUGAUUUUUUAGACUAUUUUUUAUUUAAACAUAACAUAUAAUAAAUAUUAUAUUGGCACCGUUUACUCGUUUUCGUUUAUGUGCGUGCGAAUAAAACGUAUUUGUGUGUGUGUGUGUGUGUCCUUUGCAGCGGUCGCAUAAAUGGUUAGGAAACCGAAAGACACGAACAUGAUAUCGGCGAAACCGAAUAGCAAAAUGAACGAUCACGUAGCUCGGCUGCGAGUGGUGCAAGAGGUGUCAUCGCGGAACAGUUCAGCCAGCUGGAAUAGUUCGUGUACGUUCUCGACCGAGCAGAGUUUUCAGGAUCAACCCAGACCACCGGUGUAUAAUGUAGAAGACUAUGCUGGAUCCCUGCGAAAAUUUGGAAAGCGAGGGCCUACGUCAGACGUCAACAAUGGUGACUCACCCGAACCAAAAGAAACCGAAAUGACUCUAAAAGAAUUCACAUCAGCUACCGAGCUACUGGAAAAACUGAGCUCCGACUUAAAGCUCGCGUAUUUCAGUUUCGUACAAGAAUUCGUCGGCGACCCUAUAGACGGAGUGACGCUGUUGCUGGAGCUCCUGAAAACUAUCCAACAAAACGGCACACAAACAAAAUGUACCCCAGCAAACCAGCGCCGUAUCACAUUGGACGAAAACGCAUGCCUGCAGUGCUUGAAGUAUUGCCUGCGCUGUCAGGAUGCGGCUAGGAAAUUGGCGAUAUCUCCGGCCGGACUAUACACGCUCGCCGCGUGCAUCAUGAGCACUGUCAAUCAGUCUCGUCUACUGACUUUGGAGUUACUAACCAAGGCGUGCUGUGAAUCGGGUACGGUAGACGGACACAACACGGUUUCGGACGCGAUGAGUACGAUGCGACUUAGAUUUGCUGAGCCCGUCAGGUUCAGAUUUCUAGUGGGAAUGAUGUCCGGUAGCGGCAGUUCCGGUAUGGAACUGCUGUUAGCUGGUUUAAAGUUUAUAAACGCCUUCACAGAAACAUGUCCGGAUCUUCAGACAAAGUUUUAUGUGCAAGCCGAACUCAAGCAAGCUGGUUUUAAACCCGCAGCUAUAUUAAAAAAUAUUUCCAACAAAUCUCCGCUGUUGAGCUCCGUCUCGGAUGAGAUAUACAGGUGGCAGAAAAAUUUCAUAAAUGUUGAAUCACUAAAAAGACAGCAUGACGAGGUCAUCAGAGAAGCUAAGUCUCUUAGAGAGAAAGUAGUCAUGCUAGAAAAAAAAAUUCACCUUCUCCAAGAAGAGAAACGUGUAAUUUCUUCGCGCAAAGACCACGUGGAUAUCUCGAAAAAGAACAAAAUCGAAGGCGGGGGCAAUUCUGCUGAAGACGAAGGUAUCAGUUCUUCCGAACAAGACGACUGCGAAGAGGAAGUAUCGUCUAAAAAAGUAAAGGUUCCCUACAAGAUGUACAGCGUAUCACAAGGUGACACGACCAUUGAGGAAGUGCUCGAAGAUUUCGACAAGGUCAUAAAUGAUGCGUCCACCGAGUCGGGUGGUGGACGAAAGAUGUCGUCAGUGAGCAGUGACAAUUCCAAACGGUAUUACGAGUAUUCCGACACGGACGAUGUGGUAAUAAUACCAACGAGAAUCGUCCCCGAACCACCAAGACGGUCCAGGAGCCUAUUCAUGAACAAAAAUUUCGAAGUCAAUCCGUUUUUUGAGGAUGACGAGGAGAGCGUCGAAUCAGAGUGCGCUUACGAAGAGGACGAUGACGAGGUUAAGUCCAAAAUAAAACGGAGCGAAACGUUUCAUUCGGUCCAGAAACAGAUAAAACGAUUUUCGGACCUGGCGCUGCACAGCCGCCGCGUGGAGGACGAAGAAAAAAUCAAGGACGGGGGCAGACGAAAAUCGAUAUAUAACAUCUUCGGCAACCCGAAUCAACCGGAAAACUCGAUGUAUGCCAACAAUAGACCGGUGACGAGGUCAGCGAGCACCAGGAACGUCAACGAUUCGCGGAUACCUGUCAUGAGGUUCGAGCACUGCAAGUCCGAAAGGUCUGUGUACUUACCAAUGGGCUGCAAGGUCACUAAGGAACCCAACAAGGUCUUCAUGACUAGGGGUCACAACAACGCGGGGUUGUAUUCCGGUUACAAGGACACUGCCGCCGCCGCCGGAGGAAAAGACCCGAGUUCCAAGUGCAAGCCGAGUUCAGGCGGUAAUUCAAACGGCUUGAAAGCGCUACAGCACAUUAACAUGUCCGUUUCCACGGGGAAGCUCACAGAUUUCCCGUCGGGACUCUAUUAGACUGAACAUGUAGAAUACGUCUACGUUAUAUGAUAAUUUAUUAUUAUUAUGGUAUUAGUGUUAUUUUUAAACGUCUACGUUCUAAAAAUGUAAAUAUUAAAUAUAAUUAUGUAGCUUAUAGUUUAAUGAAAGAAAAAAAAACACCGAAAGUUUAAAAUAGUAUGUCGUCUCAUUGCGAUCAUUACGCCUAUAAUAUUGUUUAAACUAUAAUGUAGUGUUUACCGAAUAUUAUUUAAUUCGUUUACCAACAGUUGUACAUAGUUUUUAAGUAGGUAUAUGGUACAUAGGUAUAUUGGUUAAAGUACAAUAUUGAUUACCGCUUGACUGAAUAGCAUCUCUGUUAGCCUUUAUCUAUUUUGGUUUAGAAGUAUUUUUUAAAUAAUAGAAUAAUAUACUUAACCUUAGACGAAACGCCUAUUUCUCUUUACGAUUUUCUCCAAAGGUAAAAUCUAGAAUAGAUGUACGUAUAGUUUAUAAGAACAUCAUUUUAAUGUUUACAAGGUAAUUAUAGUUUUUUAUAAGGUAUAAUGCGUAAUAGAUAUUAUUUUAGAUUAAUAUUAUAAUCUAUACAUUAAACAUGUUUAUCGUAUUUGCGUACGAUUAAGUGAACAUACAUAUUGUUUAAGAUCUAUAUUUAUCAUUAAGGUAACCUCUAAGAUUUUUAGACAUAAUUCAAUAAUAACAAUCUCGAUAAUUUAGACGUUAAGAGCCUACCUAUUGAAAAGUAAGUGCAAUAUUUUGAAUUAAAGCAGUAGUUUAAUUUUUAUAUUAUAUAAUAAGCUAUUUGUUUUAAUUGCUCAACCAUCCUUGAUAAAGCAUAUACAUAUUUAAAUUUAUUAUAAGUAUUUUUAUAUUUUAU